AAGCUAAAAACAUGUUUAUAAGAGUUCGUCUGAGAUGUUGUCGUUUCGGCAUGUGUGCUUAGGUUGUUGUUUGUUCUUUUGACGAGUAGGCACUUUAAAACUUGCGCGAGGACUUUAGCAGAGGCGGCUAAUUUAGUUAGCAAACAGAGUCAGUGCCACAUCGCCACCAACUUCACUGACAGCAACAGGGCCUCACUCACUAUCUGCUUUUUUCUUUAUUUUAUGUGCUUCUAAUAGUUUCGUGUUUGAUUUUAUUGUUUUGUAAUUCGUUUAUAAUUUUUUAAAGCUUUGACUCAGAGAUGAGUUAUUUAACUGGGUUGAUUCUGCAAAAAGGUCCUGAAGUAACAUCGUCCUUCAGUUGUGAGUCCAGUGAGGAUGAAAGGAAUAAACUGAGAAGAGGUUUUCGUUAAUGCGUUGAGUUCCCCGUCGGCCAUGAUGGAUCAGGAGGAGGAGGAGGAGAAGCUGAUGGCCAAAAGGCCGCUGAACGUAGUGGACGUGUGCACGCCUAUGUGCUGCCUGGGCUACCUGUCCAGGGUCAACCUCUUCGUMGCGGUGUCCGUCGGCAUGUACGUCCGCUGGGAGGUGACGAGCGAGCCCAUGAUCCUGGUCAUGUUCAUCCUGGGCCUCUUCGUGCUGGCCAUUGCCGGCAUCCUCCAUUACUACUUCGCCAUGGAGACAGCCAGCCUGAGCUUGUUCCAUUUGUGGUUCGGCUUCCUCCUCGGGCUCCUGUGCUUCCUCAACAGUCCCGAAUUCGGGUCGAACGUCAAAGAACUGGUCGCCAACUACCUCCUCAUAGCCAGCGCGCUCAUUAAAGUCGUGUGGGCCGUGUUUGAGCGUAUUUGUGGCUCAGUUCAUUACAAACCCACCUUGUUAACCUCAUCUGAGUGGCUUGAGCUCCUGGGGUUUGGUGUUGCCAGCACCAGCAUGCUUCUUCAAAAUUCAGUGGCCAUAAUAGGCCUGGUYGUAGCCCUGGGAGCUCUCAUUGUGGACCUGAGGAUGAAAUCCCUCCUGGCUUUGCCCAACUUGCUCAGUUUUGCUUUGAUUACGUCGCUCAUGUUUUUCCAGGCCUUAGGCAUCCCRGCCAACCCGUUUGCCUUAGGCUGCUACCUGGUCAGGCUGCUCUGUGAGCCGCUGCUGGACGUCUACUUUAGUGGGCUGGGGCCAAGCGAGCGCUGGAUGCCAGUCCUCUCCCUCGGGAAGGUGUGGAGGAGACUCUCUCUGUUUCCUCUGUGUGUGAUGGAACUGGGCUUCUUUGUCCUCGCUGCCUUAAAGCUGGGCCACUCGACACAGUGGUAUCUKGUCAUCCCAGGCUUCUGCCUGUUUGGCCUCUUCUGGGCCGUCUGCCACGUCAUUUUGCUGAUCACGACCUGGGGCUUCCACACCAAGCUGAGCGAGUGCCAGAAGGCCUGGCGGGCCCAUCAGUCAGGCCGACGGAGCCUGGACCAAGUCAUGGCCUCGCGAGGCAUCCGGCACUUCUGCCUCAUCUCAGAGCGCCUGGUGUUCUUCACCGUGCUGUCGACGGUGAUCCUGGGAGCUGUCUCCUGGCAGCCUUCCAAUGGUCUCUUUCUCAGCGCUCUGUUGGUGGUGCUGCCCUUGGAGUCUCUUGCCCACGGCUUGUUCCACGAGCUGGGCAGCUGCCUGGGGGGAACUUGUGCUGGCUACGCACUGGUCAUACCUACAAGUUACUGCAGUGCCAGCGGUCAGCCCACUCUCCUGCCACCGGACCACGUGCAGGAGUUAAACCUCCGCUCCACGGGGAUGCUGAACAACAUGCAGCGCCUCUUUUCCCACCACAUGAUCCAGACGUUCGGGUGCGACUACUCCACCAGCGGCGUGACCAUGGAGGCCCUGCAGAACAAGCUGCGAAACUUUCUGGAGCUCCGGACCGCAGAUGGGCCUCGUCACGACACUUAUUUGAUUUUCUACAGUGGGCAUACACAGAGAGGAUCUGGGGCCUGGGUUCUGGCUGGAAGCGAGAGUUUCCAGCUGGCCCAGUUGCUGGAGAUGUGGAAGGAGAAGAACGCCGACCACGGCUCCCGACUCAUCGUGGUCCUGGACACGGAGCACUCGCUCCCGUGGGUCAAGGAAGUGCGCAAGGCGGACUGUGUCUACGCGGCRGUGCAGGGGGCCGAGCUGUCGGCCUCCAGGCUGGACCCGGAGGCCGGAGGCGGCCCCAUGCUCGGCGACUUCACCUCCGAGUGGGUGGAGUUUAACUGCAAUCCCAACAGCAACACCCAGUGGUCCGACAAGGGAAGGACAGUGACGGCUGCGUACGGCGUGUCGAAAAGGUGGAGCGACUACACCCUUCACCUUCCGACAGGAAGUGACGUGGCCAAUCACUGGAAGACCCACUUUCCUAAAGCUACCUAUCCUUUAGUUUACCUGUCCAACUGGUGCUGUGGCCUCAACCUGUUCUGGUUGUGUAGCGUCUUCUUGCGCUGCUUCAGGAGGUGUAAACUAGCUUGGUUUCCUCCAGCUGUACUGGACACCGGGCUGGGUAUUAAACUAGUACACUCAUAGGUAGCUACAUUUAUCUGGGUACAAAGGGUUUAUAUAAACUUUAUAUACUUCUAAUCUGUUUAAACAUGAAGAAUUUCUUAUCAUUUAAUUAAUUUAAGAUGAACCCUCUGUCUUUGUUUUGUUUUAUUAGUGAUAAACUUAAGUUCUGAUUUGAUAAUAAGUUGCUGUCAGUCAAAGAUUAUUCACAGUUAGURGCAGUGGGUUAUGUUUUUUAACAACUACUAAUGUUUCUAACCUUAUUUCCUCCAUUUUUUUGUUUGUCAAACCAAAUGAAAAACUUAGGAAAAGUUGUACAUGUGCCAUUAUUUAUAACAUAUUGCCUUAAACAGUUUGGUUCGCUGCAUAUUUUCAUCAUCUUUUUUUGUUUAUAUAUUUAAGCCUGACAAAUCUUUCUACAACGUGUUAAACUGGUUUGGUGUAAUGGAUCUUGUCAUUUUUCGGGUUUUUACAUAAACUUUGCAACACCCAGUUGCUCCAGCUGGAUUGUGCUUAAUUCUGUUCGCUUAUCGUAAAUCAAACCAAAAAUAAUAAAAAAAAAGAAUCAGUUCUAUAAAAAUCCAAUUCUGUUGGGUUUUCUAAGUAACACAUCAUCAAAACUUUGUUUCGGUGUUAUGAAUGUAAGAACUUAUUUUGGUUUAUUGUUUUUGAAAUAUUUUACAUGUAUUUCUGCAUCUCAGUGCUGCCUUUAAAAAGUGUUUCACUCUGUUUUCAACGUAAAGCAGAGCAAAGAUUUAAUGAUAAACAGAUUAAACAACACUGUGGGUUUGAUUCA